AUGGAGAACGGUACGAUAGCGGCCGACUCGACGGUCAGGAGUCAAGAUUCGAGCGACUCGAAGGAGUCGAAGGACUCGGACUCGAAGCCGGAGAGCUGUUUGGAGUCGAAGCACUCGAAGGAGAUCCUGAUCUCGGAGAAACCGCAACGACGACGACAGCCACGGACCCACCGGCAUCCGGACGAUCGGCAGAGGUCGAGGAACUCCGGUUCCAAGGACGAAUCCAGCAUCCUCAUGUUCACGUCUUGCGCGCAGUUGCUCCUCGGUGUGGUCCUGGUGGUCUUCGGCAUCCUCGUUCUGGUGCAUGGUGCAGCGUUGGGCGGUUCCGGUGCAGGGUUGUGGGCAGGCGUGGGUGCCCUGGUAGCGGGAGCGUUGGGCGUCGUGGCGACGCUCGCCUCCUCGUCGCCUGGCAAAACGAAUUCCAGCUUCUCGACGGCCCACCUCGCGGCCAGCCUGAUCGCCCUUGCCCUUUCGAACAUGGCUGCGAUCACGGCCUUGACCGCUAUCGUCAGGGACUCGCAGAGGACACCGGAAGUGGCCUUGCUCACCGUUCCGGGUGAAGACGGUGACGCAGCCGAGGCGGAGGGUGGCUGGGCCGGUCUGCUGGCAAGCAUCGGUCUCCUGGUAGCCAGCGUGGCCGAGCUGCUGGUCUCCGGCUACAGCUGCCUGACCCUGACACCGAAGCUCUGCGGAUGUCUCCGUCCUGGGAACGUCGACGACGUUGCGAACGGCGAGGGUCGCUUGAAGACUCGCAACAUGGUCCAUCAGUGGGUCAGCGCGCAGAGCGUGCCCAAGAGCCAGCCCAUCUACGUCGUCCAGCCAAUGAUGACUGUGCACCCUAUGAUGCAGUUGAGCGCCUGUACAGGUCUUUGGGGUCCUUGCACUUUCACAGCCGUGCGAUUCGUCGAGAUCAAAGAGGCAAUCGUCUGCGACGAUUUCGAUACCUCCUCCCCUUACCCGAUGCCGGGUGCUCCAGGGAAAUAUCCCGCGGGUUUCGUUCCAGCGGGAGCCGUGCCGAUAGCUCCAGGCUACGGAGCCGUUCCUAUGCUUCCGCAUAUGCCGUACGCGGCCCGUCCUCCGUCGCAAAUCAUGCGAAAGCAGAAGCGUCACAUGAACGUGGAGCACGAUGACACGGUGGAAAGGAAGAAACGUGAGAGGAAAUCGGAGUCACCGAAGCGAGGGUCGUCCACGGGUGAGGACCAGGUGGACCUGGCUCAAACGUACACGGGAUUGGACAAAAAGAUCUCGGAGGAGUUCAUAUCGAUCGCCAUGGAUCCGGAGAGGAAGUCGAAAGCUUCCAGUAGUCACGGUAGCGAGAUCGGCACCGCGAAGAAUUCUUGA